CGUUGUUCUUAGCCUUUCUCCUUCUGCCUCUCCAACUACCUCUUCUUCCUCCCCACCUUGCCCAAAGUGUCGCCGCUAUAUAACCACGCAGUUGCCGCCUCUGUUCUCUCGUACCUUGGUCGGUCGGGGCUGUUCCAUCUUUUGCCAUCUGACACAGGCGGACGAACGGGAGGCCAUGGACAACCGCCGUAAGAAGCAGCGCAGGGCGUCCAGCAGACGGGAGUCGCAAGAGGUCAGCAGCGUGGAGUGGCAGUUCAUCAACAUGACGGAGCAAGAGGAAGAUCUCAUCUAUAGAAUGUACAGGCUCGUCGGCGACAGAUGGGAUAUAAUAGCUGGCCGGAUUCCGGGGAGGAAGCCGGAGGAAAUAGAGAGGUUCUGGAUAAUGAGGCACGGUGAAGGCUUUGCUGCUGCCAGGCGAUAUGGCAAAUACCGCUGAGGGGAUGUGGGCUUUUGUUCCGGAUUAGGAUGAUGAGGCUGCUCUCUACAUUCUAUUCUUUUGCGUUCCUUCUCUUCUUGGUCCUUGGUCCUCGGUUUGGAGAGUUUCCUGAGUCGAUGCAUGUUGUGCGCUUGAGUUUGGUUGAAGCGUGAGUGGAGAUGUCCGAUCCAAUCCAUCCAUAUGUAGACAUAUUUUGUAUCCACAAUAUUCAAUGAACUUGAAUUCA